AUGUCUUCUUCAUCAACAGUUUUGAAUAUGAUUCAUUUCUCUGGGAAGAUGCUUGUUUCCUUUAAUGCUUCCCAAUUUCCCUUAAAACUCACGCCUCAAAACUAUCCUACCUGGCAUGCUCAGCUUGUCCCUGUAUUUCGAGGGCAUAAUUUGAUGGGGUAUAUUGAUAGAACGCCGCCAUGUCCUUCUCCUAUUGUUCAACAAAAAGAUGGAAAGGAUGUGUCUACAUGUCCUUCUCCUGCUGACAAAAUCCAAGUUUCUUGUGCUAAUCAUUUUGCAAUACGAAUCCUUUCUCUUCGUGAGAAGCUCACCAAUUUCAAACGUGAAUCCAAGCCUGUGUCUGAAUAUUUGCAUGAUAUUAAAAUCAUGACUGAGGAUUUAGCUCUUUGUGGGAGCCCUGUUUUUGAUAUUAAUCUUGUCAUAUAUGUCUUACAUGGUGUGGGUACUGAAUUUAGAGACAUUGCAGCUGCUGUGUGUGCUAGAGAUUCAGUUAUUUCUUUCGAGGAGCUUUAA